AUGGCUGCAAAUUUCAUUGUUCCGAAACGACAAAUACUUACAAAAGAUGAUCUUGAAAAAUUCAAAGAAUCCCAAGCCUAUGAGGAUUAUAUUUCUUUUGUAAUACGGCUAAAUGAUUCAGUUAAAGGCUUGAAACUUAACGAUGAUUGUGUUGUUUCAGUGUUUUUGUCAAAUGUGCUUGAAAUUUUGGAUACUGUAAAUUCAUAUUGCAAUAAAAUUCCACCAGUACAAAAUGAAAAGAGUCGUUUUGGAAAUCCAGCAUUCAAAAGUUUCUAUGAUCAAAUUUCAAAUAAUGUUGCAGAAUUACAUGAAAAUUUAUCAAUACCUCCUUCAGCCAUACCAGAAGUUUCGGGAUAUUUUGUAGAAAGUUGGGGUAAUCGCAAUAGAUUAGAUUAUGGUACAGGACAUGAAGCAAACUUUAUCGCAUGGUUAUACAUUGAAGUGAUGAGAAAUUUACAAAUUACAUAUUGGCUUGAACCAGCAGGAUCACAUGGAGUCUGGGGUUUAGAUGAUUACCAUUUCUUACCUUUUAUGUUUGGUUCUGCUCAAUUAUUUGAUCAUAAACAUAUUAAACCAAAGUCAAUUCAUGAUGUUGAUGUUGUUAAUGAAUAUUCAAAAGAUUAUAUGUAUUUGGCCUGUGUAAAAUUCAUCAAUUCGGUUAAAACUGCGUCACUUAAAUGGAAUUCACCAAUGUUGGAUGAUAUAUCAGGCGAUUAA